GAAGGGCAACAUCCAAAGUUAAAGUGAUGCCCCUAUCAACCCCGUUAUUGUAAGGUGUUGUUUGGAACCCCGAUAUUUCAUUGUGCCGUAUUCAUCAUACUCAUGCGCAAACCUCUCUUGGUUUCGCUCCCCAAUCAAAGGCGCCAGGUUGAUCUCAGCCGCAACACAGCACCAAUUCCAUCUUCCUAUUUCCCUCGCAGUCCGACAUUCCGAAGCAGAGCCUUUGACUCCCUCCCUUUCGCUGAAGCGAUUUCUAGGUUUUUAACCGCCGAAAAAGGACGCCUAUCUUUUGUCAACAAACGUGGCGCUAAUUACAUUAGCCCCACAACCUUACAUACCCUUUUGUCUGGUUAACCUUUUGCUUUCCCCUUCUCCAAGUAUUUUGGGACCUAUUUGUUCUUUCUUUUCUUUCCUAUAACGGGGGAGGUUUUUGGCCCUUUUUUUGGUAGGAGACUAAGUAAUAAGGAAAACCAAGAGAAUGGUGGAUUCAGAGCGAAUCCAAAAUCAAUGGAUGCCUUCCGGGCAAACCUCAGUGGCUGGAAUGGAUGGGCAAGGUUCCUUCUUGUUGGGAUGCACCAGCGCGGGUGUUGGUCGAGAUGGCGAGGAAAGCUCUUCUCUUAUGAAACGAACAUCAGAUGAUGGUAAACUGGGAGUCGGAGAACGAGCUUUCUCUGCCGCGGGCGCCGCCUUUCUCUCCGCAAUCAUUGUUAAUCCUCUUGAUGUUGCUAAGACAAGGUUGCAGGCACAGGCUGCUGGGGUCAAUUAUUCUCAUCCUCUUGGUAACAUGACCUAUCGCAUGGCUCAUUUUGGACCAAAUAUGUUGUUUGCAGAUUUAAGAUGUUCUCCAUCAUGUACGCGGGCAGGAAUCCAUGGAACUGUAUCAAUUUGUCCUCCCGAGUGUUUUCGGUACAAAGGAACACUGGAUGUUCUCUACAAAAUUGUACAACAGGAAGGAUUUGCCAGGCUGUGGAGGGGAACAAAUGCAGGCCUAGCACUUGCUGUACCAACUGUAGGAAUUUACCUUCCUUGCUAUGACAUAUUCCGCAAUUGGUUGGAGGAAUUUGCAGCAAAAAACGUUCCACCCACAAUUCCGUAUGUACCCUUAGUGGCAGGCUCAUUGGCACGCUCUCUAGCUUGUGCAACUUGUUAUCCUAUUGAGCUUGCUAGAACGCGCAUGCAGGCUUUUAAAGAGAUUCAAAUUGUUGGAAAGCCUCCUGGAGUGUUCCAGACUCUCUUGGGUGUUGUCUCACAAGUAAAGAGCACAACUACUCUCCAGAACAGCUUGCAAGGUUAUCGUGUCUUAUGGACUGGCAUGGGUUCUCAGCUUGCUCGUGACGUUCCCUUCUCUGCCAUUUGCUGGUCAACACUUGAACCAAUGAGAAGAAAACUUCUUAAUCUCGUUGGAGGUGAUGAAGCCAAUGUAAUGGUUGUCCUUGGUGCAAAUUUUUCAGCUGGUUUUGUUGCAGGAAGCCUUGCUGCUGGUGCUACAUGUCCGUUAGAUGUUGCUAAAACUCGAAGGCAGAUUGAGAGGGACCCAGCCAGGGCUUUGAAAAUGACUACAAGGCAGACACUUAUGGAGGUUUGGAGAGGAGGAGGCUUAAAGGGACUCUUUACAGGUGUUGGUCCACGAAUUGGACGAGCGGGGCCCUCCGUUGGAAUUGUGGUUUCGUUUUAUGAAGUUGUGAAGCAUGUUCUACACAACAACUACGCAACAUCUUGAUACUUGUGAGAUCAGAUUCCUUUAUUUUUUGCAUCCUUGGUUCUUUUUUUUUUUCCCCCUCCGGAGGCAAUCAUUCCACCUGACCUUGGUUGAGAAUCUUGGAAACUGAAAGUUUUUGCGGAAGUCUAGGCUAAUCCGUUGUCAACAAUGGUAGACACUUCUCUCUUGAACAGAUGAGUGGCAGGAAAUAGGUUAUUUCACCCUAGUUAAAGCGUUACUUUUUAAGCUUUCUUUUCUUGUAAGGCAGCUUGUGGGUGGCAGAAAUUUUGUGGCGUCUUUUGUUCUCCCAAAAGCAGUCACUGAAUAAAAUAUUUACGAGUUUCCCAUAUGGAAGCCAUUGUACCUGAAUAUUCUAAUUUUUAAGAAUUUUGGAAACCUUUUAGGGCAUUCAUUAAAAAAAAUGCCAUUCGUAUGUUA